AUGGCAUCCGCAGCAACAGAGGCGGAGAAAGGGUCUCCAGUUGUGGUGGGCCUGCUGGUGGUGGGCAACAUCAUUAUUCUGCUGUCGGGCCUGGCCCUGUUUGCCGAGACGGUGUGGGUGACAGCCGACCAGUACCGCGUGUACCCACUGAUGGGCGUCUCCGGCAAGGAUGAUGUCUUCGCCGGCGCCUGGAUCGCCAUCUUCUGCGGCUUCUCCUUCUUCGUGGUGGCCAGCUUUGGGGUGGGCGCAGCACUGUGCCGCCGCCGGUCCAUGAUCCUCACGUACCUGGUGCUCAUGCUCAUCGUCUACAUCUUUGAGUGCGCCUCUUGCAUCACGUCCUACACUCAUCGCGACUAUAUGGUGUCCAACCCAUCCCUGAUUACCAAGCAGAUGCUGACCUUCUACAGUGCAGACACAGACCAGGGCCAGGAACUGACUCGCCUCUGGGACCGUGUCAUGAUUGAGCAAGAGUGCUGUGGCGCAUCCGGGCCCAUGGACUGGGUGAACUUCACAUCAGCCUUCCGGGCAGCCACCCCGGAGGUGGUGUUCCCCUGGCCCCCACUGUGCUGUCGGCGGACUGGCAACUUCAUCCCCCUCAGUGCAGAAGGCUGCCGCCUGGGCCACACAGACUACCUGUUCACCAAGGGCUGCUUCGAGCACAUCGGCCAUGCCAUCGACAGCUACACGUGGGGUAUCUCGUGGUUUGGGUUUGCCAUCCUGAUGUGGACGCUCCCUGUGAUGCUGAUAGCCAUGUAUUUCUACACCACGUUGUGAGGAACAAGGAGGGAAGGCCACGUGCACGCCUCGGCCUCCUCCUCCUUCUCCCGUUCCUGUUUCCUCCGGCUGAGGUCUGGAUGGCUGCCUCACCUCUCCCCUUCCCACCUCCCUCAACCUUCCCUCCUUCCUCUCUUUUACCUCUUCCUUCUCUCUUUUACCAACUUUCUGAGCCCUGCUGAGACUUGGGGGUGCCCUGAAACCCUUGGACAUGUGUACAGGGACCCUUAGCCCUUGACCUCAUUUCACUCUGCUGAUUCCUGG